UUUAGUUCAAAAAAACAAAAAUAAAAGGAAAUGUGCAAUGUUAUAAACUUAAAUACGCGCAAACAAACGCGUUAAUGCCAACUGCACUCACAAAAGCUAAAUAAUGUAUAUGGGUGUAGAAUACUGCCGAAUAAAACUAACUUACAGAGUGAAAAACGUUAAAGAGUCCUGAUAACAGCGACAAAUCGCAAACACUUCUCACAAACUACAUAAACGCCCGCCCGCUUAUUAGCGGUAAAAUGCUUUAAUCGCCCGACACGCAUCACAACGCAAUGGGAAUCGGUGGUAGCAUUAUGCAGCGGCAUCUGCGGUAUUUAGUCACUGAAACGCUGCUGCUGCUCCUCGUAAUCGCUGUCACAUUAGCAGCUGCCACCAACUCAACCACCGCCACCGCCACCACCAUUGCUUCCAAUGUCACACAAUUGCCAUCGGAGCCCACACUGCUGCACACCCAGAUCGCCAGCCGUGCAUUUCCCUUUGUUGCGAAGGGUGUGAAGAGCGAAUUUGUGCAAAAAUUUUUAGCGCCACGACACAAUGACCCAGAUGAUAAUUAUGCUCAAUACCAUAUCAUACUGCUAGCCAUGAUGCCAAGCACCGAGCCGGAUCGAAACAAUGAUUGCUUCAUGGCGAAAAUGUUGCCCGCACUCGAACUCGGUAUUGGCAUGGUGCAGAAGAGAGGCUUUCACAAAGCCUACAUUGAUUUUACGCUCAUUGCCCGCGAUUCAUUCUGUUCGUCCAUUUACGGGCCCAUUGGCUUCUACGAGGUUUUCCUGCAACAACCCGAUUUGAAUGCCAUCUUCGGACUGCCAUGCGAAUAUGUUUUGGCGCCGAUUUCACGUUAUGCUGGCGCCUAUAAUAUACCAGUUAUAACAACUGGUGGAAGCGCUUCGGCAUUUGGCAAGAAAGCAGGAAAUUUCCCCACUUUAACGCGUUUACGCGGCACCCAGGGCAACAAUCUGGGCAAUGCAGUAUUUGCGAUCAUCAAUGAAUUCAAUUGGACGCGCACGGCUUUAAUCUACGAAUCGGACAACAUCGAUGACAAGGGAUAUUCAGUGUGCUUCUUCUGUUCAUAUGUGAUACAUGAAAAGCUGGGAGCACGUUCGGUAAUGCAGCAGGGAUUCGAUAGGAACACAUGGAAUGGCACGAAGAUCACUAAUAUGUUAACGAAACUCUCUAAGGAGGUGCGAGUUGUCAUAAUGUGUGCAGAACCAGAGAAUAUUCGCCGAAUCAUGCUGACCGCUGAGGAAUUGAAUAUGGUCGAUAGCGGCGAAUAUGUAUUCAUUAAUAUUGAAAUGUUCUCACGCGCCUCGCACCUAACAUGGAAGCCUUGGUAUGAUAAAAAUGAUACAGAAGAAAAUAACGAGCGUGCUCAUAAGGCAUAUACAGCUAUACUAACUUUAACACCAAAGCAGCCAAAUGAUGAGGAUUAUACUAAAGUUUCAAACAAGAUCAAAACCAUCGCCGCCGAAAAGUAUAAUUACACAUUCCAAGAAAAUGAGGAUGUCUCUGCUUUUGUAACAUCCUUCUUUGACGGCGUACUACUCUACGCGCAAGCACUCAAUGACAGUAUUCGCGAAGAUCCAACAGUGCUAACGCGUCCCAUUAAUGGCACAGAUAUGGUGCGACGCAUGUGGGGUCGCAGUUUCAAAGGUAUAACCGGUAAUGUGACUAUCGAUUCCAAUGGGGAUCGCAUCUCGGCAUACUCACUAUUGGAUAUGAAUCCGGAUACGGGACGAUUCGAAAUCGUUGCAGACUUUAUGCACAAUCGUUUGGAUUUUGUGCCGGGCAAGGAAAUCCAUUGGGCGGGUGGUCGCAAAGAGCCACCACCUAGCACGCCAAUUUGCGGUUAUGAUGGUUCAUUAUGUCCAGAUAAUUCACUCCCUGGUUAUGCAAUACUCUCAAUCAUACUCGGUGUUGUAGUCGUGCUUAUGACCGUCGGCUUCUUCUUCGGCUAUCGACACUACAAGUCAGAGGCUGAGAUAAAUUCCAUGACUUGGAAGGUAUCCAUUAGCGAUCUAGUAUGUCCUGACUUGGCAGGACGUGGCAUACGGGGUUCCUUUCAUUCGCUCGUGCGUCAAUCCUCACAAUUGACGCUGAUGUCUGAAGAUCUCCGCUCGUUGUGUGGGGAUCGUCAAAUUUUCAUACCAGUUGGUAUGUAUCGUGGUUGUGAAGUGGCCAUUAAGGCCAUCGAAAAUCGACAAAUUAACUUGACGCGUUCGCUAAUGUUGGAGCUGAAAAGUAUGAAGGAUCUGCAACACGAUCACUUGGUAAAGUUUUACGGCGCAUGCUUGGAUCCCCCGAAGCGCUUUCUACUCACCGAAUAUUGUCCAAAAGGUUCGCUGCAGGAUAUAUUAGAGAAUGAGCAAUUCCAGCUGGACUGGAUGAUUAAGUUGUCGCUAAUGCACGAUAUUGUGCGUGGCAUGCAUUUUCUACACAACUCAGUUAUACGAUCACAUGGCAAUCUGAAGUCCUCAAAUUGUGUGGUGGACUCUCGAUUUGUAUUGAAAAUAACAGAUUUUGGUUUGCACACGCUAAAGCGCAUACGCCCUGAAGCGUUGGAGAACGAUGUUGAAGACUGCAACAGCCAUGCGUAUUGGAGCAAAUUGCUUUGGACAGCGCCUGAGUUGUUGAAAAUGGAAAACAAUCGUCCGCCAGAGGGCACACAGAAGGGUGAUGUCUAUUCGUUUGGCAUAAUUGUGCAUGAAAUUAGUACAAGACAAGGCCCAUUCUAUCUGGGAAAGACUGAUGUGGAAAAAUCACCCAAAGAAAUUAUUCAACUAGUCAAAGGUUAUACAGAACUAACAACCCAACCAUUUCGUCCCUAUGUCGACGAACAUGAUGGUUAUCUUGAUAUUAACAAUCUCAUGAUCAAAUGUUGGUCCGAAGACCCCUUGGAACGUCCCGACUUCAAUGCACUCAAAUCGAUCAUACGUCGAAUAAAUAAGGAUAACGAAACCGGCAACAUUGUCGACAAUUUACUCAAGCGCAUGGAACUCUAUGCCAAUAACUUGGAAGAGCUUGUCGAAGAGCGUACACAAGACUACAUUGAGGAGAAGAAGAAAUGUGAGAAGCUGCUAUACCAACUCUUGCCGCAAAGUGUUGCAGCUCAACUGAUUAGCGGUCAGCCAGUAGUUGCCGAAACUUUCGAUCAAGUAACCAUUUACUUUAGUGAUAUAGUUGGAUUCACCGCCAUAUCUGCGGAGAGCACACCCAUGCAGGUGGUACAGUUUCUAAAUGAUCUCUACACCUGCUUCGAUUCCAUUGUUGAGAACUUCGACGUCUACAAAGUGGAAACUAUUGGCGACGCUUACAUGGUUGUGUCUGGCUUGCCCAUAAGGAAUGGCAAUCAGCAUGCACGCGAAAUAGCGCGACUAGCAUUAGCGUUGCUAAACGCAGUGCGCAAAUUUAAAAUACAUCAUCGACCGCAAGAUCAACUAAGACUACGAAUCGGACUUCAUAGUGGCGCGUGCGUUGCGGGUGUUGUCGGACUCAAAAUGCCACGAUAUUGUCUCUUUGGUGACACAGUAAAUACAGCGUCACGCAUGGAAUCGAACGGCGAAGCGCUACGCAUACACAUCAGUGAAAGCACCAAAUUGGCGCUAGAUGAAUUUGGUACCUUCAUAACAACACAACGUGGCUAUGUGCCCAUGAAGGGCAAGGGCGAAAUGCUCACAUAUUGGCUGGAAGGUGAGGUACCUAAGCCAGAGUCCCCCUCGAUGCUGUCGCAACAAUUACCACUCUCGCGACGUUCAUCACUCAAGCAUCCACCUCAACGCUAUGCCGUAAUGAUGCAAAAACAAAAUUCAGAGAUCUCAACACAAAGAACACAGAUAUCACCGCCUGCGAUAACCCAGCAGCACCAUAGUGCAGUUACAACGCCGACGUUGCGUGUUAAACGCAAAAUAUCCUCGUCAUCACCUAAAUUAAAUGGAAACGAAUUCAAACCGGAAGACUUCAAUUACUACCUGGACAACGAUAAGCAGUUUAACAAAGGCCACAACGGUCUGGCCAUCUGUAAGUCGCCUGGUCUGUGUGCGGACAUCUACAGCAGUCGUUCCUUGCGUGAGCCACGUAAAGAUUGCAAUAGCGAACUGGUCAAUAUGCGGAUACCGCUGUCUGGCGCGCUUAAAAAUCACAAUAACAAUCUAACAAAUCAUCACCGCAACAGCUAUACACAUUUGUUGCAAUCCAACUCGAAUUCCAAUUUAAGUGGUCUUCUGCAACCCACUGCAAUGGCGACAGCGACGACUGCUCGCAUGCGCAUGAAACCCUCACCGACCAUUUCGACAUUAGUGUCAAGUGCACGUGCUGACAAUGUCAGCUUACAAAGCGGUCUACGUAUCAAAUUUCAAGUAGCCACCGAAGAGAAUGCCGACCAUGAAGAUUGCGCCGCUAUGAAUGGCAGGACGGAGACGACAUCUUCCGCACAACUCCUGCCACGGCGACCCGUAUCAGACAUAGCAUUCGAUUUGUACAAUCCUUGCAGUGAUGUCGAGGAUGAAGAUGACCUGCCAUUAAAUAAUCAUCUGAAUAGCAGUAAAGCACACUUGCUAGAACAUAGCAUAGUGAAUAAUAUUGCGAUAACCAAGGCCAAUGGCUGUGAUGCGGGCGGUCUUAACAGUGUAUGCAGCAGCAACAACAAUAGCUAUAGCAAUAUUGUUAAGGCGAAUAAUGCGAAAAACUUGCAUCUUGUAAACACGACUGUGCCGCCAAUAGAUAGUCGAAGGAAUAGUGGAGCUGGGGGCAUUGUGAGUAUGGGUACAGGUGGCAGCAGUAACGCUGUAACUUUAUCGACGGCUGCGGUGGGGACAGUAGCACAACCGUUGUUAGGAAAGAUUAAUUUGUAAUUUAAUGUAAAUCAUUAUUUUAGAUGUUACCUAAGUAUGUAUGUAUGAAAGUAAGUAUGUACGCUAGUAUAUAGUAGAUGGGAAUGGAUUUUUAUGCAAAGCAUAUAAGGAAUGGAGGUGCAACCAACGCUCACCCAGUGAACGAGAACAUGUACAAUUAUUGUAGAGCGAAAGUAACUACUUUAAUUAUAAGCAAAUGAUAGUUGUUUGAGCAAUCGGUAACAAUCAUUUUGGAAACCAAGGCGGAUUCAUAUAAGGUGGUAUCGAUUCAACAAAUACAAAAAUUACUUGUAUGUUUUUUUAACUUUUAGCGGACCAUUGUCGAAUUUCAGCUAUUCUUUCCUGAAAGGAAAAAGGACGACCUUAUAUGAAUUCGCCUUGGUUGGAAACAAAGAAAUUACAUAUGUGCA